UCUUCCUCUGUUGUUCCUCUGCUAGAUGGAGCAGGCUAAAAACUCUCUGUUGAUGAUUAAUUUAUAGCUUCAUCACACUGCAGGUUGCAGUACGUCUGAUCGUUUAACAAAACGGCCCGGUGUCCGGCCGUAUGAAUAAAGGACAGGAUAUGUAUAUCCCCCUUUGUCGAUGACAGGGACUCACAAUUCAAACAGCAUGAAAUAAUUCAAUUGCACGAAGGAACUGAAUCCGGAAAAGACAGCAUGCAGUUACAAAUCUCCGGUCUUUUGCUCGUAAUGGCUGUAGCCUAUGCAACGAUAGAGGCUCCUGAAGAGUUUGUCUCAUUGGCUGAGAUGGAGGACACUUUGUUGAGGAAUCUUUUUCGGGGCUAUCAGAAGUGGGUGAGACCUGUCCUUCACGCCAACGACACGAUUACCGUACGCUUCGGUUUGAAGAUCUCCCAGCUGGUGGAUGUGGAUGAAAAGAAUCAACUAAUGACUACAAAUGUCUGGUUGUGGCAGGAGUGGACAGACGCUAAGCUUCGUUGGAAUCCAGAAGAUUAUGGUGGAAUCACAUCCAUCAGAGUGCCCUCAGAAACUAUCUGGCUACCAGAUAUCGUCCUUUAUGAGAAUGCUGAUGGUCGGUUUGAAGGGUCUCUAAUGACCAAAGCCAUUGUAAGGUCUAAUGGUACCAUCAUGUGGACUCCUCCUGCCAGCUAUAAAUCCGCCUGUACCAUGGACGUCACCUUUUUCCCCUUCGACAGGCAGAACUGCUCAAUGAAGUUUGGAUCAUGGACAUACGAUGGCACUAUGGUGGACCUGACCCUGGUAGAUGCAUACGUAGACCGUAAAGACUUCUUUGACAAUGGCGAAUGGGAAAUACUGAAUGCCACCGGCCAGAGGGGCAGUCGGCAUGACGGCAUUUACUCCUAUCCCUUCGUCACAUAUUCGUUCAUAAUGAAGCGUCUCCCUCUCUUUUACACACUCUUUCUCAUCAUUCCAUGUCUCGGCCUGUCAUUUCUUACCGUGCUGGUCUUCUACCUUCCCUCGGAUGAAGGAGAAAAGCUUUCCCUCUCCACAUCCGUCCUUGUGUCUCUCACUGUGUUUCUUCUCGUCAUUGAAGAGAUCAUCCCAUCUUCCUCUAAAGUCAUUCCUCUGAUAGGAGAGUAUCUGCUUUUUAUCAUGAUCUUCGUCACAUUCUCAAUCAUUGUAACUGUCUUUGUCAUCAAUGUCCAUCACCGUUCUUCUGCCACAUACCAUCCCAUGGCACCAUGGGUUAAGAGUCUUUUCCUCCAGAGAUUACCCAGACUGCUCUGCAUGAGGGGGCACUCUGAUCGGUAUCAGUACCCAGACAUCGAGCUAAGGAGCCCAGAGCCAAAACGAGGGAUGAAAAAAGGGCAACAGAAGAGUGCCGGAGGUGGACGAGGGGGGUUAAAGGAAGAUGAUAACCAGGCCUGGAUUGCCCUGUUGGAGAAAGCCACUAACUCAGUGCACUACAUUUCCAGACACAUCAAGAAGGAACACUUCAUCAGAGAGGUCGUUCAGGACUGGAAGUUUGUGGCUCAGGUGUUGGACCGGAUCUUCCUAUGGGCCUUUCUCACAGUUUCUGUGCUUGGGACAAUCCUCAUCUUCUACCCGGCUGUGCGGGUGUACCUUAGCUCAUCGUAAAAACCCACAAGAUUUCAGCCUACCUAAUCUCUUUUUCUCAAAACAGCAUUCUUAUGACCCCUUUGAAAUAUAUAUGUAGUCCCCACAACACUACAGUAAUCCUUCUAAAAGUCCUUUUCUGACUUAGCCACAUCUGUAAUCCGCUGCAAAUUCAGCUUCUCUCUCUCUCCCUCCUAGAUGCUGUGUUUAAUAGUUGGACUGAAAAUAGCAAAACUCAGCUGAAAUGAAGUUUAGGAAUCUUCUUCCCAUUAAACAUAUAACUAAGAGGCAGCUGAUACAGUUGGAGGGGUUUGGAUCUGUGUAUAAUCACUUUGAGGGGAUCAUGGUUUUAAUGAUCUUCAAUAAAUUGACUUUAUUGUGA